UUUAGAGCUAUGAGCUAUAAUUUUGCGGAAGAGUGGUGUACAAAUUUUGUCCCAAUCGUAGAAUAAAAAAAAACCUUAAAUACAUUAAAAUACUUUUUUCUUAAAAAAAAAAAUAUUACUUCAUUAUUUUAAUCAAAUUCAGUUUUUUCGAUUUAUAAAAAUCUAAAACAUCACACCAUCCAAAAACGGUGUAAAUACAAAAGAAAAAUAUAAACAAAUUAAAUAACUCAUCUCAAGUUGUAUAUGAAUGAUUAAAAAUAAUUUCGCUGUCGAACGAAAAAAUAAAGGCGAAAUACGACGAAAAAAUCCUUUCAGACGAGAGUGUUGUUUGGAAUGUUAAAUGCGGUGUCCGCUACUUGCUCAACAUUGAAUGAUUAUUAUUAUUAUUGUCGACAUCAAAUUAAUCAAUUGAUCAAUCCCCAAAAAAUUCAAAUCAAAUACAACCUGCGUAACUACUUGAGUCUAAUAUUAGUCUCUUACUUAACUUUGGAUGGCGUUACUGUCAGAUGUGGACCUGCGUUUCAACCAACAAGAUUCUUCUGCGGGCGCAAUUCUCAGACAGGUUAUGGCGAAUUUAAACUUUCAACAACCUCCGAGAAGCAUAGCUAACUCGUCAAUUGGUCGAAGUACGGGUGGUGGUUUCGGUGGUAGUUCGUUAUCUGGCCAUGUGACACCUACAUCAGGAAUGUUUCCAACGGGACUUCAACUACCUAUAGGCGGAGCAAAUUAUGGGCAAUCGCAACAACCGCAACUUUCUCCAAACCGUAAUGCCCAGCUAUCCGUUGGAGGUCCGGCGUUAUCAAGCAGUGGUCGGCCAAAUAUAUUCAAUCAAAGGCAAUUUGUUGAAAGGCGCACCAUGCAAGGAUUAAGUGGUGGUCCAAUGGUGUCGAACAUGGGAUCAUUCAUGCAAUCAACCCGCGGUUACGGUUCUGGUGGAACUGGAAAUCCCCUUAAUAAUUUCCAUAAUGUUUUUGGUGGAAGUGGUGAUACAGCGACACCGCCACUGCUUGAUCUCUCAGAAUUUCCCUCAUUGACGAAUGUUCGUGGCCAGAACGAUCAAUCACUGCCUCAGACGAAUCCCCUCCAGCCUCCUGGAAGUAAACCUUAUGGUAAUUUUUUUACCUCUUGCAGCGAAAUGCAACAAUCAAGUUUAUUUCGUUUUCUUGCAGUUGGGAUGGUUAAACAACCAACAUCUGAACAAUCAGAGUUUACAAUGUCAAAUGAAGAUUUUCCUGCGCUCCCUGGCACUCAGAAUUCCGACGGUACAACGAAUGCCGGUCUCUCGGAAAAUAAUCUAGAUGGAACGGAAAAAUCUAUGAACUCAAUUGUGGGUAGCGGCUUGAGCGUUGGCGGUGGUAUGGAUCACCAAAACGACAAUUCCAACAAUGAUAAAAUUGUGAAAAGAGGAGUACAAACGUCGCCUGAUGGCAAAGUCACAAACAUCCCAGCGACAAUGGUGAAUAACCAAUUUGGAAUGGUGGGUUUGUUGACAUUUAUUCGGGCAGCUGAAUCUGAUCCGAAUCUAGUGAGUUUAGCCAUGGGACAGGAUUUAACUGGCCUGGGGUUAAAUUUGAAUUCUCAAGAGAACUUGCAUCCAACAUUCGCUGGACCUUUUGCGGAUCAGCCCUGCAGAGCACAAGAUGUUGAUUAUAGCGUCCCGCCCGAAUACUUGAUCAACUUUGCGAUAAGAGACAAACUGUCGCACCCUGUUCUUAAAAAACUGCAAGAAGACCUGUUAUUCUUUUUAUUUUACACGAAUAUUGGUGAUGUUAUGCAAUUAAUGGCCGCUGCUGAAUUACAUAAUCGUGAAUGGCGGUAUCACAUAGAAGAGAAAAUUUGGAUUACUCGAAUUCCGGGACUUAAUCAAUAUGAAAAAAAUGGUACAAAAGAACGUGGAACCUUUUAUUAUUUCGAUGCACAGACUUGGCGACGAAUGUCCAAGGUUUUUCAAAUUGAUGCCGAGAAAUUAGAUAAAUGUCCCAAUAUAAGUGCGUUUAUGAACUUAAAUGGACAGUCUGUAUAAUAAAAAAACAAAUCGAAAACAAAAACAAAAAAAAACUUUUUUUGAUCUUGAAAAGAAAAAAAAAAAACAAAAAAAAGCAUGAACAAAAAACAAUAAAACGAAAAUAUUUAAAUCAUUUUA